CGAUUCCGUUUAUAUCGGGAUAAUUAAACUGCACGACAAAAACUUCAAUCUUCAUCUUCCUCUGCCAACAAAGUUCUAUCCUUUCUUUCUUCUGGUGUCUUGGAUGCUCUCUGGAGGCUCUCAGCAUCUUCGUUUCGUUUAGAGGAUGCGGUAGAAGAGAGUCUCCUUUGAAUCUUUUGGAAACAUAAGGGUCUUCGAAUCUACAAGACUCUCAUUGACUGACUGACUGGCCAUGGCUGAUGAUACUACAGCUUUAAGUUACUGGUUAAAUUGGAGAGUUCUCCUCUGUGCAUUAAUCCUCUUAGCGCCACUAGUUUUAGCUGCAAUUCUGAUUUGGAGAUUUGAAGGCAAGAGAAGACAACGCGAGGGCCAGCGAGAACUACCCGGGACAUUGUUCCAAGACGAAGCUUGGACCACAUGUUUUAAGAGAAUCCACCCUCUUUUUUUGCUUGCCUUUAGAGUAUUCUCAUUUGUUGCAAUGUUGUCUAUACUCAUCUCCAGUGUUGUGCGUGAUGGAGGUGGCAUAUUUUACUUCUAUACUCAGUGGACAUUUGCGCUUGUCGCACUCUACUUUGGGUAUGCUUCCUUGUUAUCUGUCUAUGGAUGCUGCGUCUACAAUAAAAAACCUGGUGGAAACAUGGAGAGUUAUACAAGUAUAGGUGAUGCAGAACAAGGCACUUAUAGACCACCACUCACCCUUGAUGGGACGGCAGACACUUCAAAAUCCCCCAAUACACAGUCAGAAGCACCCGUCAGAGAAACAGCUGGUUUUUGGGUUUACAUCUUUCAGAUCCUUUUCCAAACUUGUGCAGGUGCUGUUAUACUAACAGAUAUUGUGUUUUGGGCGAUAAUCUACCCGUUUACUGAAGGUUAUAGGCUGAGUUUUCUCGAUGUUUGUAUGCAUUCUCUCAAUGCUGUUUUUCUCCUCGGUGACGCAAGCCUCAAUUCAUUGCGGUUCCCACUGUUCAGGAUUUCUUACUUUGUACUUUGGAGUUGCAUUUACGUGGCUUACCAGUGGAUAAUCCAUGCCUUCAAGAACUUAUGGUGGCCAUACCAAUUUCUUAAUCUGUCUUCACCAUACGCACCCUUAUGGUACCUGGGAGUGGCAGUGAUGCAUAUACCAUGCUUUGCAGUCUUUGCUUUGAUCAUAAAGCUGAAGUAUUACUUGCUACAGCGUCACAACUCGUGAAAGUUUUUAUAGUCAAAAGGUGGUCAUUGGUCAGAGUCAACUAGAAAGUCAAACCCUCUGUAUAGAUAGGAGGGCUACCCAGAAGAAAGAAGAGUGUAAAAGGGAUCUCAAAAAAAAAAAAAAAUUUAAUCCAAAACGUUUAUUUGUAGGUCUUCUUGUUAAGUUGUUUAUGAUUAAACAAGUCUCUUAAAUACAAUUGUUGUAAAGAUGUGAAACAAUUAUGAGAAAAAAAAAAUCAUUAGUUAUUCUUGGUUAUUAUAUAUUAUGUGACACAAAUCGAAUGGUUGAAGUUGAAACGUAUGUCUACGAGUUAGGAUGAUGAUUUGUAAGUUGCAACUAUAAAGGGGUCCAUAAGAAUGGAAAGGCAAAGAAGAA